CGUGGAUGUUCUUUUGGGCUCAUGGCGGAGGCAGAGGAGCCCGCGGAGACCGCGGAGGAGGCCGAGGCUCGCCAGCGCGAGAACUACGCCAAGCGCGAAGUGGCCGCCGAGUGGCGCGUGCCGCUGGGCGGCCGCGUGUUCCGCGUGGAGUUCGAGCACGGCACGGCGAGCGGCCGCAGAGUGCUGUGGGUGGACGAGCGCGAGAUCCUGCGCCGCGACUGGAUGUUCAAGCUGGUGGGCGAGGACGCCUUCCACCUGGACGGCGUCCGGUGCAUCCUGCGAGUGGAUCCGGCGCCGGGCUUCAAGUACUCCUACUCGCUGUUCGUCGGCGGCCAGGCCUUCGACCAAUUCACCGAGCGCCAGGCCAGAGCUCUGAAGGCCUGGGAAGUCACAGUCAGGGAUAAAUUCUACCGAAUAGUUCUCGAGAAGGACUCUCUCAACGUGUACCUGAAUGGGAAGCUGCGCGAAGAAGUGGGCGAAUUCGUGGAAGGCGGCGCUGACACGACUUUCCAGGCCGAUGGCAACGUCUUCAUCCUGCACAGUCGCUCCAGCGGAAACAAGCGCACCGGGAUCAUUCACUCCGUGACUGUGAAUGGCGCCCAAGUGUCCGAAGUGGACAUCAAGUAGCGCCCAACGC